AUGAGGCAAGCCGCGAAGAGGCGGUUGAGUCUCUCGGCCAACAUGAAAAUCGGGGACUGCUGCAAAUGCUGCCAGUCCCCCAACAGGGAGGAAGUGUACAUCCCUUUCGCGCAGGAAAAGCUGGUGAAGCGCUGGGGCUCAAUGACCGACAUAGCCGACAGGAAGCAGGAUGGAAACAACGCCCCGACCCGGCGGAAUCGAUUCGUCCUCAACCUCAACGUUGGGGGGAGAUGUUUCCAGAUGGCCUGCAAGAUGGCCGCCAAGUACCCAAACACGAGGAUUGGCCAGCUGGCCCUCGCCAAGGACCCCACGAAGAAACUGGAACUCUGCGACGACUACUCGGUGCCGAAGAACGAAUACUUCUUCGACCGCGACCCACUCAUGUUCUACUACGUCUUCCACUUCUACCGGAGUGGCGUGAUGUGGAUCAAGGACGAGCUGUGCCCGUCCAACUUUGUCGACGAGAUCGCGUACUGGGGCAUCCACAUGAAAUACACCCAGAGGUGCUGCCGCAUCCUCUUCGAGGAGAAGCAGGACGAGCUGGCCGAUUACCUCAAAAUCCAACGGGAGCUGGAGGCCGAGCUGGAGCCGUUGAAAAAAGGGGAGCACUUUGACGGCAAAUGCAUGGGCAAGUUCCGCAAGACUGUCUGGAACCUGAUCGAGAACCCGUACUCCUCCAUCCCCGCCAAGAUCAUCGCCGUCAUGUCCAGCUUCUUUGUCCUCAUCUCCAUUGUUGGGAUGACGCUGAGCACCGUCGAGGAGAUGCAGCACAAGACCAGCAAGAACUGCCUGGAGCAAGUCGAGGCCAUUUGCGCCAUCUUCUUCACCUUGGAGUACGCCAUGCGCCUCAUUUCCACCUCCAGCUUCCAGCAGUUUCUGCGGGCGUUGUUCAGUGCCAUCGACCUGGUAUCCAUCAUGCCCUUCUACAUCCAGGUGCUCUUUGAGAACCUGGGCCAGGGGGAGAUGGAGUACCAGGAGGAGCUGCACAAGAUGCGCAGCGUGGGCAAGCUGGGGAAGGUCCUCAAGCUGAUCAAGCUGAUGCGCAUCUUCCGCAUCCUCAAGCUGGCCCGCCACUCCACGGGCCUGCGGGCCUUCGGCUUCACCAUCCGGCAGUGCUACCAGCAGGUCUGCUGCCUCCUCCUCUUCAUCGCCAUGGGCGUCUUCGCCUUCUCCGCCCUGAUGCAUUCGGUGGAACACGAUGUCCCCGGCACGGACUUCACCAGCAUCCCCAACACCUGGUGGUGGGCUGCAGUCAGCCUCUCCACCGUGGGCUACGGAGACACGGUGCCGGCCACGGUGCUGGGCAGGAUGGUGGCCUUUGCGUGCAUCUCCUUCGGGAUCAUCCUCAACGGGAUGCCCAUCUCCAUCCUCUACAACAAGUUCUCCGACUAUUACGCCAAGCUCAAGUCCCAUGAGUACGAGGCCUCCAUAUCGCUCAAGCUGUCCCGGAAGCUCCACCUGAAGAAAAGAGCUUGGCACAAGUUCCUGGAGUGCUGCUGCCCGGAGGACUACUUUUCCUGCCAGCCGGCUGCGGGUCACCCCAGCGGCCAACGUCCUGUCCCCCAGUCCGGCCAUCUGGGACACCCCGUCAUCCACCAGCCGCGGCAUAGUCACCAGCUGCUACAUUCUGCUCCUCAUUCCCCCUAUCUUCACGGCUAUCACGCUGGCCACUACCCUACUCACCACAGGGGUCAUCAUGCCCAUCUGGAACUUCCUACUCAGCUCCUAUCACAUUCUGGCUAUCCUCACCCCGCCCACUGUCACAAGCCAGACAAUCUGGCCAGUAGCCUUACGUCUGUAAGCUUCUGA